AUGAAUCGCUUUGUCACCCAGCCAGAGCCCUUUGUCUUCAACACUCCAACGCGUAGCCAGAGCCGGCAGCCUCCGAUGCCCAAGGACCCAACACGAGACUGGCGAUAUCAUCGGGUCCGAGGCACAUCAAACAGCACACAGCCACCUGCGCCAGUGCGCAGUACAGAGAAGGUGACCAGCUACCAAUUAGCCACCUUGAGGAAGCUGCAAGAGCGUCGGCUCAAGGAAAUGCGAGAAGAGGAAGAACUGAAGGAGGUUCCGAAUGACGAAAUGAAGUUUCGCGUGAAGCAGGCAAUGGGGAAAGUGGAGCCCUUGGAGCAAAAGAUAGAUCGAAUUGUCUCUGACAAACGCCGUGGCCUACAGCGCACACAGCGACAGAAAGCAGAGGACUUGCGAAAUAUCAUGGAGCGUGCAAACAGUCGGCCCUUGCUGAUGCAACAGGCAGACAGCCUGGUCCGCGCCAAGCGCCGCGCAUUGUUCCGUGUGCGGAACGCUCUCCGGCAAGCGGGUGUACGUGAUGUGAAUCGACACUUUGCCGACGAUGAGCUGGAAGAGAUGGAGCGUGGUGAAGAUGAGAAGGAAUCUUAUGGGUACACGACCGGCACUGAGCCUUUGACUGAGGCUGUAACACAAGGUAGCCUUUUCCGGCCGUAA